GUCCCUCUUCGUGGCUUCCCGGGCGCUUUGCGCAUGAGCUACCGCCCUCCGGAAGCGAGUCCAAGGAGGCUGCAUCACCAUAGCAACCAAGGCUUACUCGAUAUGGUCAGUGACAACAUGUUGUCCCACCCGGAGAGCCGGGGCUUCCUCAUCGACGGCUUCCCCCGGGAGCUGAAGCAGGCCCAGGAGUUUGAGCGCAUCGUGGGCCGGGCCCCCAACGUCGUCAUCAUGUUCGACUGCUGCAUGGAGACCAUGGUCCGGCGCGUGCUGCACAGGGGCCAGGUAGAACACCGGGUGGACGACUCGGAGCCAGCCAUCCACCAGCGCCUGGAGACGCACUACACCUUGUGCGAGCCUCUCCUGACCUUCUACCAGCAGAACCUGCUGCGAAACAUCCUGGCAGAAGAGGCACCAGAGAACAUCUUUGCCAAGUGCUGCUCCGUCAUCGAAAGUCUGUAGUGAGACAGGAAGGGCUGGGGGCUUGGCUGUGCCCCUCGCCCAGAACCUGUCCAAGAGGGGCUCGGGGCCUAGAGGUGAGACCUCUGGCGAGGGGGCCAAUGCCCUCGUGACCUCAGAGGAACAGCUUCUCUCUUCCCAGGUGCAUUUUCCCACUAGGUGGGUUGACCAGAGGCCACCAACAAGCAUGCCCACAGGGGCAGGUGCCUGACACACCUGGCUGAGGACCUGGGGGCUAGGAAGCCCCACUAGAGGCAGUGGCUGUUAGUGGCUCCUGCUUGGUGCUGUCAGCCAGUGGGUACCACUGACCUGACCUGAGACCCUGCCUCGGGAUGCCCUCCCAAGGGCAGAUAGCUCAGGUGGCCCCUCAGUGCCCCCUCCCACCUCCUGUCCAGUCCCGUAGUCCUGGGGAGGCUGUAGCCUGCCACCGAGCACGGGCACAGGCCAGCUUCCACCUCAGGGCUCCGAACCUUAGCAAAAUAGGCUGGGGCCAGGCCGCCCCGUGAGGCACAGCGCCUGGCUCUGCCGUGGCAGCCGCAUCCAUGGGAACACCUGUCCCAGGGGGCCUCCUGCCCAUGUUCUUGGGGGGGUGAACUGGGCUCGGGAAGACAGUACUGCUGGGCACAGCCAGCCAUCCCCUUCCUGCACCAGCAGGGCAAAGUCUCGGGGGACCGAACCUCAUCUCACCGGCUGAGCCUUGUUCCUCCAGCAAACACAACUUCGGCCGGCAUGCACCUUUCUUUUUUUUUUUUUUUUA